AUGAAGCAAGGCGGCGAAACUGGCCACUUUGAACGAGACCAUGUUGUUGCCAAAGGCCGCUGCUGCCACAACCCCCUCCUCGACCCUGUUGAGGGCGACCUCGACCUCACACCUGAGCAACUUGGAGAAAUCGAAAUCGCAACGAGGGCCAAGGAUAGGUCUUACGCCAAAGCAUACGGUCAAGAAAAGAGAGCGAACCCUACAGCAAAGUGGAAGGCUAUGCAAAAGGCCAAAAACGCAAAAGCCUAUCCCCAGACACGCGCCAACCAACUUAAGGCGAUAGCAGAAAAGACGUACUACUGCUCUGUCUGUGACGUCGCUUCCACCGACGCUGCUGCACAGAAGAUCCACAAUGCCACCCCUCGACAUAUCCGGUGGUCAACGAAAGGACGUGGCUCUUGGUGCGAACCCUGCGGAAAAGGUUUCAGAAACCCUUCUGACCUUGCCGCCCAUGAGAAACGACCUUGUCACAUCGAGAAAGUGAUCAAGUCUCAGACCAUUGUAGCCAACUAG